GGGAUCCACAAGGAUAUCCAGCAGCUCUUUCACAGAGGGGGAGGGGAGUGUCAGUGUUGUGAAAAACGAGGAAUUGUCUCCACCCAUUUUGCCUUGGUUGUGCUUCCACCCUUCCCUGUAGGUGAGCUACCUGACCAAACUCUGGGGAGAGAGAGAGAUAGUGUGAAAGAGGUAGAGAAAGCCAGGAACAAAGGCAGAGAGUGAGAGAAACACAGACAAAAAAAGCUCUGGGUGGAGGGAAAAGGGGAAAGAGAAAGGAACAGGUGGACCAGAGAUUUGAGCUAGGCAGCUGUUGGGGGGUUGGGCAGUGGGUGGACUCUGAGGAACAGGGGUGUGCUCAGAGCUGUUCUUGACAGGUCGGACAAGUUUCUCCCUACAAUACCUGUCGCUCUCACUUUCUUAAACACACCAGUUGGCAGGAAAAGGAAGUGAAGCAGAAAAGGGCUGAAGAAAAAGCGGGAGAGUUUUCCGGUCAUUUAUAAGUUGACUACCAGAAAGGAAUUUAAAGAUGCCUGAGCAGCAACCCUAUUACGGAAAGAAUGGUGAACCAAAAAAGUAUGACCCCACCUUCAAAGGCCCCAUCUAUAACAGGGGCUGCACUGACAUUGUAUGCUGCAUCCUCUUCAUUAUUUGCAUACUGGGCUAUGUUGCAGUGGGAAUUCUUGCCUGGUCCCAGGGAGACCCCAGGAAGGUGAUCUACCCCACAGACAGCAGAGGACAGUUCUGUGGGCAGGCAGGCACACCUCUGGAGACGAAGCCCCUGCUGUUCUACUUCAACAUCAUGAAGUGUGCCAGUCCCAUGGUGCUGCUGGAGUUCCAGUGCCCAACCACACAGAUGUGUGUGGAGAAAUGCCCUGAUAAGUUCAUGACGCUCCUGAAGGCCUACGCCAAUAAAGAGGAUUUUAAGUAUUAUAAGAACUUCUGCAAGGAGGGUCUAGAGGGGCUGACUGUAACACAGAUCCUGAGUUCUGGCCUGUGUCCUGCCAUGCUGACGCCAAGUAAACCCUUCACCCGUAGGUGCUUCCCUGCCCUGGGCCAGAAGAAGGGAGGGGAGAUCACCGUGGGAAAUAACUCUAAGUUUGAUGACGGGGAGGGGAACAUUAGAGAUGCCAAAGAUCUGGUGGCGGGGGUCAAGAAUGCCACAGUGGUCAUUGAAGCUCGACAAGUGGCCAUGAAGAUCUUUGAGGAUUACACCCAGUCCUGGUACUGGAUCCUAAUAGGGUUGGUGAUUGCCAUGCUCAUCAGUCUCCUCUUCAUCGUCCUCCUGCGCUUCCUUGCCGGGAUCAUGGUUUGGGUCAUGAUCGUCAUGGUGAUUCUGGUCAUUGGAUACGGCAUCUUCCACUGCUCCAUGGAGUAUGUUAGCCUGAAGUCAGAGGCAGGCUCUAAUGUCACUCUAAAGGACCUGGGCUUCCAGACAGACUUCUCUGUGUACCUGCAUAUCAGACAGACCUGGCUGGCCUUCAUUAUUAUUCUGGCCAUUGUGGAGGUCGUCAUCAUUUUGCUGCUCAUCUUCCUCAGGAAUAGAAUCCUCAUCGCUAUCGCUCUCAUCAAAGAAGCCAGCAGGGCCAUUGGGUAUGUGAUGUCAGCCCUGUUUUACCCCUUGUUCACCUUUGCCCUCCUAUCCAUUGUCAUCGCCUACUGGGCCGUGACCGCUGUGUUCCUGUCCACCUCCAAUCAGCCCAUCUAUAAGGUGUUCAAUGAGACGGCCUGCGAUCACUCCAGGAAAAUCUGCGAGCCAGCUAACUUCAGCACCUCCAGUAUGAAGGCGGAGUGCCCAGACUCCAAGUGUCUGUUUGCCUUCUACGGUGGAGAGACUGUCUACCACAAGUACCUGAUUGGCCUGCAGUUCUACAACGUCUUCCUGUUCUUCUGGUGUGCCAACUUUGUGACAGCGCUGGGUCAGAUGACCCUGGCUGGGGCCUUUGCCUCCUACUACUGGGCCUUGGUCAAGCCUGACGACAUGCCUGCCUUCCCCAUCUUCUCAUCCCUUGGCAGAUCACUCAGGUAUCACACAGGUUCCCUGGCGUUUGGCUCGCUCAUCCUCUCCAUCAUCCAGAUCAUCAGGGUUCUGCUGGAGUACAUCGACCACAAGCUACAAGGAACGCAAAAUAAGUGCACAAAGUUCCUACUGUGCUGUCUCAAGUGCUGCUUCUGGUGCCUGGAGAAAUUCAUCAAGUUCAUCAACAGAAAUGCCUACAUUAUGGUGGCGAUAUAUGGCAAGAACUUCUGCACGUCUGCCAAAGAUGCCUUCUUCCUCCUUAUGAGGAACAUGAUCAGGGUAGCUGUCCUGGACAAGGUGACAGACUUCCUCUUGUUCCUGGGCAAACUCCUCAUUGUGGGGCUUGUGGGAAUCUUUGCGUUCUUCUUCUUCUCUGGGAGGGUGAAGGCCUUUGAGAACACAGCGCCCAACCUCCACUACUACUGGGUUCCCAUCCUGACAGUGGUGGUUGGUUCCUACCUUAUUGCCCACGGCUUCUUCAGUGUGUACGCCAUGUGUGUGGACACACUCUUCCUCUGCUUCUGUGAAGACCUGGAGAGAAAUGAUGGCUCUCUGGCAAGACCGUAUUACAUGUCAGCUUCGCUCCAUGACAUUCUGUCGGAGAACAAGGCUGUGGAGGAGACCGAGGAGCCAACCCAGUCCUCGCCACAUCAGCCAGAUGACCAACACGUCCAGCUGAAACAAUAGCAGCCUCCGAUGCAGGGGAAAGACCAGGACGUUUAGGAGUAGUCAUAGCAAAGACACUGUGGACGAGAUCUCCACCUGCAGAUCUGUCUUGUAGAAAUGGGCAUGCUACUGUUCAUGAUUGGUAGAUUGACAUCAAGGCCUGAAUUUGGACAAGUCAACUGCUUGACCAGUGUCUUUCCUUCUCCCUAUAGAAACGUGUGUGUGUGUAUCUAUAUAUAUAUUUGUGCUCUUAAUGGUUGGAGUUGGCAAAUGAUAGUUGUUUAAUUAAUUUGUAAAAAAGACACUGACCCAUAAACAAUGCUAGGAAUUCCACUGAUGUUUUAGUGAACAUGUUGCAGUUCUGACAUUGUUGCUAGAAGGAAAACACUGUCAGCCAUAGGAAACAAUGUGCCUAAAUGACUAACUAUCCAUUUUGGUCUGAUGUAUUGAACCUCCUACAGAUAUCACAUUUGUUUACAGUUAAAGCAUUCAAAAGAUCUCUGCAAUGCUUCCAUCAUUAGUAUUACUGUUAUCAGUGCAUUAUUAAAAUGUGAUCUUUUCAAUGAUCUAUAAAAGCCAUAUGUAGUUUUGUAUAUACUGAAAUGUAUUUCUUAGUUCUGCUUGUGAGGGAAGCGACUCCAUUUUUUGUUCUGUGACGCAAUGCAAUCAGAUCCCUCAUUGCCUUGAAAUAUUUGCCUGUCAGCAAGGUCUGUUUGAUGCACUGCCCUGGAGACUCCUAGGAUCUAUGAGCAUUAACUGAAUGCAGUUUCUCUUUUCUCUCUUUCUUGUGCUAUUGUGCAUGUUGGUAGUAUGUCUGCUAGUGAUUAAAGCUGCCAGUCUUUCUGUUAUUUGUCUUUCUCCUCAUUCUCUUUCUGCAUUGUGUUGAUGGGGAACAAGCUAAGGUAACAAACUUCCUUUUGGGUUUGACUAGGCAAGCUUUACCAAUUCUGUCAGAAGUAGGGCAAUUAUAUGUUUUGUAGGAUGACAUGUUAAAUGACUUAAAGCACUUCUGUUUAACUUGGCGUAACCUUGAAGCUUUGCUAAUCCAUCACAAGUUGGUUCUGAUCUGGCCCCUGCUUGGAAAUGUAACAAUGUUCAAGUUUCUCCUUUUGAAAUAAUGUUCAUAUUUGUCUCAUGAUGUUUUCCUUGAUUCUUCAGUGGAGGACCUGGAGAGGAAUGAUGGCAGUGCGGAGAGACCCUACCUGAUGUCUGACCGCCUCCUCAAAGUCCUGAAUAAGAAGAACAAGCCUGAACCAGCAGAGUAGAGCUCUCCCAUGUGGUGUGGAGAAGGGCAAAAGCUCUGGUGUGUACAGGUGUGUAAUUGUAUAUAGUGGAGUAUGCUUUAAAGACUGGGUUGGCCAAGGACCUCAUGCUGUCACUCAUCCAGUACCUAUGUGGCAAUCUGUUGUCAUAAGUCCAAACAAUCGCUGCCAUCCUCUGUGGUCGAGUGAGGCGUGUAAAUCCUAAAUGGAAUUUUAAUGCUGCAUCCAGAGUGCUUCUUACAAGGAUGCCCCCCCCCCCCCCCCCCCCCCCCCCAUUUUCAUUCAGUUAUUUGGUUUGGAUGAAAUCAUAGUUGUCUGUUUAAGUAUAUUUUGAUGACCUCCUGUUCAAAAACCAGCAACCAAAUGUGGUUCUUAUUGAAUAUAGCUGUAUGCUACUGUAAUCAGACCAGCUGUACACCAGUGUGUUAUGAGCAUGCUUUGUUAUGAAUAUUACUUGGAGUGUGUUACAUGAAGGUGAGCACAGAACUGAUCUAUUUAGUAAAGUAUUUUAUACAUUUACAUAAAGCUGCACUUUUGUAUGUAACCUAUGCAAUUAGUUUAAGACAUGCAGUACUAAGACAUACUUGUUUGAAAUUGUGUAACUACUUUAUAUUUGUUGCAAUACUUUCUCUGCUUUGUCAUUACCAAAGCCAUUAAUACAGUACUGUAGCCCCUUUUUAACCCGCUGUUAAACGUCAAUAUUUUGCUCUGUUAUAAUUGCCAGGGAAUGAGUGGUAAAGAAAUGUAUUAAGAUGGUGUGAGGCUGAAAGCAGGGGAAAAUAUGGGUUGUGUAUGUGGAUCUGUUUAAGUGCCUGUGGAGUUCUGAAACUAAAAUAAAAGUUGUUUUUGUACAUUUA